AUGUCUGGUGAUGAGAUUGAUCCUGUUUUUGUGUCAUGGGAGGAGCAAGUGAUAUGUCAAGAGCGUGGGAACCGAGUGAUUCAUUUCUACUUGAAACAUGUGUCCGGGGAUUCUGUGCUGGCUGUUGUUGGGACGGAGAGGAGUGUGAGGCACAUGAUGUAUGUUGUUCCUCAACAGUUUUUGCAGGCUUAUGGAUCCAUCAACGUUACUUAUAAAUGGAGGGCGAGGAGGGAGGUUGUGGACUGGCUUAAUAAUUUGGUUUUGAAGAAUCAAUCGCGUCGCGCAGAUGCACUGCUGGAUGGUUCAGAAAUAGCUCCAGGAUUGGGAUCUUUUGAUAUGUCCGCUAAUAACAGAAAAAUACCUGAUAAACUGAUUUCUAAGAAGCUCAAAUUUGAAAGCUCAGAUAUUGAAUGGUCAGGCACUGCCUGGUUUUGUGCUAAAUCGCUGAAGCAUUACUCCGGGUUUGACAGGAAAGGGACAACCAUAAAUGUUCAUUCAUUUGUAUAUAUUAUGGCUGAAGAUGAAAAUUCCUAUCUUGGUUACUUGGAAGAUAUGUAUGAAGACAAAAAGAAGCAAAAAAGGGUCAAGGUUCGGUGGUUUCACCGUGGCCAGGAAGUUAAGCAUGUGAUUCCAGACCUUGAUCUUGGAGAGGGGGAAGUUUUCAUCACACCUAAUGUUCAGGUGAUCAGCGCCGAGUGCAUCAAUGGGCCUGCAACAGUUCUGACUCCUAAGCAUUAUGAAAAAUACAAAGCUGAGUUGCUGCCGAAUACCUCUUUACCUGAGAUCCACAUGUGCUUUAGGCAGCUUAAAAACAAUAAGCUCAAGCCCUUUGCACUUACUAAGCUGCGCGGUUAUGGUAACCAGCCUAUACUUUCGGGUUUGAACAAUCCUAGCCCUACUCUUUCCAAAAGAAAGGCGAACUAUCCAAAAUUGGAAGAUGGUGAGAACUUCACUCAAGAUGAUCCUUUGAGCUACAUUAAGAGAAAUAGAAGUUCUGUGGAGUAUUCGGUACCUGAAAAUGGUUCGUCUGGUCUUCAAUACUCUUCUCCUGUGAAUGAGAUGUCAAAAGGUGAACCGAAAUACCCUAGUCUGAAACUGAAACUGUCGAAAACAAUGGGUGUUAAGGUUAUGGAACCUAAGCCUGAACUGCCGUUUAAGGUCAAUGAUAAGAUUGAGUUUCUCUGUCAAGAUAGUGGCAUUAGAGGAUGCUGGUUUAGAUGUACAAUCUUGUAUGCAUCUCAGAAGAAGCUGAAGGUCCAGUAUGAUGAUCUGAUGGACGCCGAUGAUGAAGGCCUACUCGAGGAAUGGCUCCCUGCAUCCAGAGUGGCAAAUCCUGACAAACUGGGCAUGCGUCGUUACGGCCGUUUAACGGUACGACCACGUCCUCCUGAAUUUGUUAAAGGUUGUACAUUUGAGGUUGGAGCUGCAGUGGAUGCCUGGUGCGGCGAUGGAUGGUGGGAAAGCGUUAUAACUGCUGUCGAUGUUUCUGAAGCUGGAACUUAUCAGCUGUAUUCCCCUGGUGAAGAGAAGUAUAUGUUGGCCAAUAAGGACGCCAUUCGAAUUGCCCAAGAUUGGAUUGAUGACAAGUGGGUUGAUAUAGUGGGAAAACCUGACAUUUGCAGCAUUAUAGCUUCAAAUUCCGGUUCCCAGACCAAGUUGUCAUCCAACUCUGCAGUGGUCGAAGGAUCAAUGACUGGCAGUUCUGCAACAUUAGAAAGUCCGAAGCCAGUUGCCAAAGUUGAAGUUACUCCAAAGGUUGAGCAAGAAUCAUCUGGUUCCGAACUAUUUCAUUAUGGAAUGAAGAGAUUGACUUUGUGGAAACCACCACUCCAUGCCAUUCAUGAAGAUGAGGAUAUCGACCCUUCUGGCUUUGAUGCUGAUACCGACGAAGCUGAUGCUGAAAUACUCAAAUCAAAUGAUCCUGACUCUGGUAGUAGCAGUGACGAUGACGGUGGUGAUGGUGAUGGUGAGGGCACUGACAAUGACGGUGAUGAUGACGCUGACAACUCUGGAGACGACAGUGAGGAUAAUUUUUCAAUGGAUGAAGCAGGAUCGAUACAUGUUACAUGA